AUGACUAAGAAUUAACUUACUUAAGUGAAUUACAAGUAAAGAGGUAAAUUGUAGUUAGAAGAAAGUUUUAAGUAAGGAUAAAAUUAAAAUUUAUGGGAAGAUUACUAUUUCGAUGAAAAUUAAUCAAAUUCUGAAUAUUGUAAAUUCCUAAAAAAGUGUAUAUUAUUGACCUCUAAAGGUAGCAUAUAUACUCCAAUUUAAGAGUUUUUUGUAGCUAAAUAUAUCUUAAAUUUGUUUGAAGCAAUGUUUGAAGAAAAAGAUAUUCAAAUUGUAGGUAAAAAUUUAUAAAAUAGUCGAUUUAAUGUAGAUUAAUUUAAUAUAUCUUAAGAACACUAUUCAGGUUCAAUAGAAUUAUUAAAACCAAAGUUGAAUUCUAUUUCUAAUAUUAAAGAUAAACUGCUUUAAAUUACACAAUUAUCCUAUACAAACAACUAAUACCAAUUAAUUAGAACAGCAUCAAACACAAUAUAUCUCUUAAGUUCAUUAUAAGAAAAUUUAAAUAAUAUAAAUUUCAGUGAGGUUUCUCUAUCUGAUACAAAAUUAAAUAACCUUAAUUUUUUUAAUUCUAAUUUAAACAAAACUAAGUUCAAAAAUAUAUCAAUUUAAUCAUGUAAUUUCACCUGUGCAACAAUUGAAAAGGCCUACUGGGAAAAUAUAAUAUGUAACGAGAAAAACCUUAACUGGUCACAAAAAAUAAAUAAAAAGUUUAUUUUUCUCUAAAGAUGGAAAAAAAUUAAUAUCAGGGAGUGAAGAUGGUACAGUUAAAAUUUGGUAAUUCUAAGUUGAUAAAGAUCCACAAACUUUUUAAUUUCCAAAUAAUUAAUAAGUCGUUACUGCUUCAUACAAUGAAGAAUAAAAUAUUCUGGCAUGCUUAACUACAUAAUCCAUAUAAUUAUUAAGAUGCAAUGAUUUAGUCUUGGAGAAAUUAAUUCCUCUAUAAAAUUAUUAAUAUUCGAAUAUUAUACUAUCUCCUAAUACAUAAUAUAUAAUUGCAAACAAUAUUAAAUCUGUCUACAAUAUUUGGAAAACAGAAGCUUUAAAAAUAAAUCCCAAAGCUUCGGAUUGUUAAUUAACAGUUUAAUCAUCAAUAAACUGCACCUAAGUUUCACAUAAUGGGAAAUUAUUAGCCAUAGGUUGCUUGUAAAUUUUAAUUUUUUCGAUUAGAGCAUUUAAGAUUAUUUAGAAAUUACAUAAUUACCAUUUAAAACUUAUUCAUUAGCUUUUUCUAAUGAUGAUUAAGUACUAGCUGCAGAAGUAGAUAAAGCUAAAAUUAAUUUUUGGAGUCUAAAGAAUAUCAAUAAUAUUGAGUUACUUAUUUCUAUAAAAGUAGAAGACACAAUCAAUAGACUGUUGUAUUCUUAUGAUAAUCAAUAAUUGAUUAUCACUACAUUAAAUAAAAUUUACCUAUAUGAAACUACAAAAGAAUAGUAUGCUUUAGAAAGUAGUAAAAAACUAAUUCAUUAAGAAUUUUCAUAAUACAAUGAUUUUGAACUUAUAAAAAGUUCUAAUUAUAUUGUUAUUUGUACUCCAUUCGGAACUUUUUUAGAAUAAUUAAGCAAUAAUCAAAUAAUAUAAGAAUUGGAACCAUAAUAAGUCUGCAACUCUGUUUUAUAUAAUUCAUUGGAUGAUUUAUUGAUGAUUGGUUCAAAAAAUAAACUCAUCCUUUAUGAUAUGUCAAAUAUAGAGAAAGCCAAUAAAAUUAAAGAAAUUUAAUUGCCCUUCGAUACCCUAUAAAUAGGUUAAUUUAAUAGUUUAAAAUAAAUUAUAAUUAGGAGUGAAUAAUAUGUUUCAUUACAUACUUUAGAUGAUAUCAAUUCUUAUAAGAUGUUUUAACUAUAAAAACCAAAUUAAAAUUUCGUUUUAGUCAAUUCUGAGUAUUUCAUAAUAGGCAUAGAUAAAUUAGUAUAUUCUUAAUCUCUUCUUGGUGAUUUCGUAGAUGUUUACUUUUUCAUAGAUCAUCAUAGUGCUUAAUUAUGUUCUUUUUUUUCCCCCGAUAGCAAAAUAUUAACAAUAAUAGACAGUUAAUAUUAAACAUAAUUUGAUAUUUAGACAAAAUAGAUGAUCUAAAAAUAAAAAUUAAAUACUGGAAAGGUUUCAAAAAUGACUCUAAAUAAACAGUAAACUCAAGCAAUUUUUGUAUGUUAAACUUCUCCAGAAAAUGAACAAAUAUAAUUAUAUAAUCUUAAGACUAAUUAAUUGAUACAAUCAAUAGAAGAAAAUUCAAAUUUUUCAUAACAAUGUUUACAAAUAGCAUUUUCUGCAGAUAGUAUGAAUUUUAUUACUUUAUACAGAGAUGAUUCAAUUAAAUUGUGGGACAUUAAAACAUAUAAACUUAUUUCUAUGUUUAAACCUAAUACUGCUUCAAUUAAUUUGUUAAAUUUUUUUAAUUAAAAUUUAUUAGCCUAAGUAAAUCAAGAACAUAUAAAACUUUGGAAUCUUAAAGCUCUAUAGCAAUAAUAAAUAGAAAUGCCUGGCCAUAAAGAUUAUAUCCAAACAAUGUUAAUUUCAUCUGAUGGAUUACAAUUAAUUUCUCAAUCAUCAUCUUAAAUUAUGAGAUGGGAUUUGCAAUAAUUGAAGUUUAUUGAUGUAUUAAUGAAUAAUAAAACGGAUAAACUAUUAUUGAUAAAGUAUUCUAAUGACUCUCAUUAUUGUGCUGCUACUGAUUAACAUGGAUAAAUUGUGAUUUGGAGUUUCAAUACAAAAUAUUUAGUUGAAAGAAGCUUUCAAAUUUAUUGUGCUGAUUGUAAGGAUUUUUACUUUGAUGACGAAAAUAAUUAAUUAAUAUCAAAACAUAUAAUUGUUGAUAAUUCUCAAAUUAAUUUGAUUUGGAAUUUAGAAAUAGCAUAUUAAUAUUAUAAAUUUAAGAAUCAGAUGAAUUUUAACUAUUCAAAAGAUGUUAUAUUGAUGUCUCAUGAUUAAAAAUUUUAUAUAUCCAAAUCUCCAUUAAAAAUUUUAUGUCUUCUAGAAAAGGGUUAAUAAUAAGAAGUUGAAAAUGUUAAUAUAAAUAUAAAUUCUGAAAUAGGAGCAAUAGCAAUAUCUAAAGAUUCCACUAAAGUGGCUCUUGAAGAUGUAAAAUUUUCUAUCAUAUUAUGGUCGAUAGAAACAAAAUAAUAGCUAGCUAUUUUAAAAGAUGAAACAAGUAGCUAAUUUAAAAUAUUGACAAUGGUAUUUUCAGAAGAUAGCAAAAUAUUAUUUUCAUUUAAUGAGGAUAGAGAAAUAAGACUUUGGGAUAGGAUGAUAAAUAUACAUUGCUUUAAAAAUAUAAUUCUAAAAUGA